AUGGCCAAUGAUAACCGAACUUGUAUGACACGGUACGACCUAUACCUGAUGAAGCACCAGGCUUCGAUGGCUGGAUAUUAUAAGGAUUUCGGCCCCGUGGAUCAUGAUACCGUCUACGUCUCUGAUUUCCCCAUUAUCAACAUAAUCAAUCAGCUCCUCCUUUCAUCGUCGUCAACCAUGAGGGUCACUUCUUUGGCCGCCAGGGCCGAUUCCAACGACCCCAAGGAUUCCAAGAAUUCCAAAGGAGGCAAAAAGGGCAGCUCGGCGGGAGUCAAGUCAGCCGGCGAUGGUCUUCCUUCAAACGCCAAACCAGCGGGUCAGUACCAGUCUAGCUAUGACAAAUGGAUGGGCCAGGGAAACAUUGCCUUAUAUGAUACCUUAUCUGGCGGCACAUCUGGCACAGAAGAGCUUCCUCCUAUUCCGGCGGAGUGGAUCAUCGCCCCGAAGAGCAACAACAGCGUGUUAGACGGCCGAUGCCCAACCAUAGACCAAACCACCAACUCUUUUCUUAUCUCAGAUGCCGUGUCUGGAUUCGUCGCAAUUUUCAUCUGCUGCAGGCCGAUUCUCAAGAAGAUUACUUUUGGAUUCUUCGGCAAACUUCCUAACAAAGACUCUCGAUGUUGCAGCUCUGUGUGGUACUCAUGGCUGGUAAGCUUCUUGAUGACGUUUCUAGGGAAUCUCUUCGCCAGUCUCGUCGUUAAACGCACCGAUGGAUACGACCACUUGUAUUUCGCAACUAUCUUUGCGUUGUAUACGUCCCGUCCUCGCAUAAACUUGGCUCUUGUGGCGCUGCUCCGAGUUUUUAUUACCGUACCAACGAGUGACUGGUCCAGCUAUAUGGCAGCUCAGAAGGAGAAGGAGAGGGAGAAGGAGAAAGAGAAAGAACAAGGUACAAAGCCCUCCAGUCCUCGCGUAAACUUGGGCCAUGAGUUUCUGUUCCAAUUCUUUGUUACUAUGCAACCGAGAAAUUGGUCCAGCUACCUGCCAACCAAUAAGGGAAAGGAGAAAGAAGAACAUAGUACGGGGCCCUCCGGACUUUUGCUCGCAGCUGCAGACAAUAGCGGCGAUGAAAGUGCCUCUGAUACAGACGACACCAUGGAACCAUUGGAGAGGGAAUACGUCUAUCUCGACUUUUACCGCAGUACCUUUGUAGCUGAGAUGGUACUCAACAUCAUCGCUGCUGUCUUUGUGGGGGACACCUGGAAGCGUUUUCCCAAUGAGGACAUCAAAAAGCAUAUGAAGUUCCAAGUGUCCUCGAUGUAUUAUGCACCAAUCGUCUUGGCCGUCACUGCCGUGUUCGCCAUACCAUUGUGGUGGAGAAGAAACAAACGUGUGGACCAGAUAUCCUUAAGGGGACUGUUUGGAGUUGGGCUUUUUGCCACUGCGUACGGAAUACCCUGGGUCUAUUGGUGCGGGUUCUUACAACUUCCCGGGUCAUUGUAA